GCACACAGCACAUAGUAGCUGCCACGAGAAGCUGGUGGGAGUUGGAGAAACCAGAAAGAGAAGAGAAGAGAAGAGAAGGUUCCUCUCCUGUUAUCCUGUAAACAGGACCGCUGGAGCACUUCACCACCGAGACAACCGACAUUAUUGUUUCUUCCUCCUCGCAUCAGGAAGAUCGUUGUCGUGGUAGUCGUUUUCGUGGUGCCCGGCGCUUCCUCUCCGUUCACGUUCACGUUCUUCACCUUCCUCAUUUUCACUCUCUCGCGUUUGUAUCAACAUAUAUAGACGUAUAUCGCCGCUCUCAUUUACCUAUACAUGCAUCCCCCGUUACUCGAGAACACCCGAACGUAAUCAAGUCAGUUGAUCGCCGGCCUCACGAAUCACCACGUCGCGGACACACUUGUUGUUGUUGUUUUUGUUUCAUUUGAUACUUUUUGUUGUAGUCAUCAAAUUGGUGCUGCUCAUCGUUAUUAUUUAUCGUAUGAGCCGCUUUUAAAAAGUUUUUUUUUGGUACUUUGAGCCAAAGAGCCAUUCAAACAGAAGACACACUUUCGGCAACAGAUUCUGUAUUGUUCGACAGCGGGUGUAAGAGUAAGAGUGGGAAAAUUUAUUAAAAAUUAACACCGAGAUAUUGACGUUUACUUCAAGCGGCAAUCAAUUAAAUCGGAAGUAGAGAUAAUAAUUAUUGAAAAAUAAAUAAAGUAAAAUUUGAUGAAGAAAAAAGAAGGGCAAAUAAUUAAUACUUAUCAUCAUUAAUAAUCAUAAUAGUUGGAGAAAGAUUGAUGAUGAUCGUUUGAUUUGGAUGGAUUUUUACCAUGUUCAAGUUCAAAAAUACUCAGCCCAACAUCGUUGAAAGUAAUCCAAUAUGGGAAGAAUUUGCGGCUCGGAAACAAACACCGGCGGCUACUGCGGGCCCGGAACAUGUUUGGAGGAUCUUUGACGCCUACAAAAAAAGCGACGGACAAGACGCGUCUGUGUUUGUCUUCGAAAAAAGGUCUGUUGAAAAAUUUCACAAGCCCAAACACAAGGAGACUGUUACUGAAAUUUUGAGAAGGUGUGCAAGAAAUUUGGAGGACUAUCGACAUCCUAAAUUACUUCAAGUAAUUCAUCCAGUAAAAGAGUGCGCAGAAACGCUGGCAUUUGCAACAGAGCCUGUCCUCGGAAGUUUAGCAAAUGUAUUGGCCUACAGGGAACAAGCUGCAACAGCAAUUCCAACCGCCGCUAAUCCAAACUCAAAUUAUGCGGCCGGCCCACAGAAUCCUCAUCAGCAGCCACCAGGACAUCGACCAAUUCUAAUUAAGGAAUAUGACAUGGUUCCAAUGGAGAUAAAGUAUGGGUUGUUACAGAUCACCGAGGCGCUUUCUUUUCUUCACUGCAGCUGCAAGGUUAUACAUAAGAAUGUCUGUCCCAGUAGCAUUAUCAUAACGAAAAAAGGAACAUGGAAGUUAUUUGGCCUCGAGUUUGUUGAACGGACUAAUGACAAUGGCCUAGAUCCAAUACCGUGUCACCCAUGGACCAAUAAAUUAUCGAAAAUAAUUCAACCAAACCUUGAUUAUAUUGCACCGGAAAUACAAUUAACAAAAUUAUCCAGUAUUCGUAGCGAUAUGUUUAGUCUUGGAAUGGUUAUUGCUACCAUUUACAAUGACGGCAGAUCACUUAUACAAGCCAAUCAUAGUAAUUCUGAUUACAUUAAACAAUUGGAUAAUCUGAAUGAAAAUGUAGAAAACCUUCUUUCAAGAGUACCUAUUGCUCUCCACGAAGCAGUUUCUAGAUUACUUCAUAAAGAUCCCGAGGCAAGACCCAUAGCGAAGCAUCUUUCGCUCAUAAAGUACUUUAGCGAUCCUUCAGUGCACGCGCUUCAAUUUCUCGAUGUAAUAAACAUGAAAGACCCAAAUCAGAAGGCACAUUUCUAUAGAAAUACGCUCAAAGAGGUGCUUCCUUUUAUACCUCUGAAAUUGUGGUACCAACAUAUCUGGCCUUACCUCCAAGCAGAAUCAAAAUCCCAAGAAGUAUUUGCGUCAGUACUGCAACCAAUGUUAUUCAUAAUUCAACAAAGUAGCACCGAAGAUUAUGAAAAAAUAAUCUUGCCCUCAUUUCGUGAACUAUUUUCGAGUCCAAGGUCCGUUCAAGGGACAGUCGUGCUGCUGGAAAACCUCCAUGUUGUCUUUGAGAAAACUCCCAGUGAAAUAAUUAAUGGAGAGAUGCUCCCAGUACUCUAUUCAUCAUUUGAGAGUCCAAAUAUUCAAGUUCAAGCAGCGGCAUUUGUCGCAGUGUCGAAAGUGUGUGAUUAUAUUGACGAAAAUUCGCUGAAAAAUAUCGUGUUACCGAAGUUAAUGCAGGCAUUUGAGGGUAGCACGACAGACUCUCGAGUCUUAAUGAAUUGUCUCUCUAGAAUUCUUGAACAAUUGGAUACUCAGCAAAUAACCGACGAGGUAUUUCCUUUAUUGUGGGAGAUAAAAUUACAAGAGCCAGAUGCCGUUUUGCGGGUAGUAAACAUUUAUAGGCUUCUGCUGAGCAACAAAAAAUACGGACUCUCGAUAAACUUAUUAGCAACCAGAGUAAUGCCCAUUCUUCUCCCAGUCACCGUAAAUCCGUCCCUGAAUAUAGAUCAAUUCACGGUGCUAAUGGAGAUCCUGCAGGACAUGCUAACGCGUAUCGAGAGGAACCAAGCGAGCAAAUUAAAACUGUCGAUGUCAAGCCCAGAGCGUCAUCGACCAUUGAGACACCAAUUUAGCACCGAAAAUAUGCACGUUCCGCCAUUUAAUAUUCCUGGAUUGCGCAUUGAGCAGAGAAAGACGUCGUCUGCUGAAGACAUGGUCCGUAAAACUUCUAUUGGCUCGAUGUCGAUGACUGCUUCUGCUGAAAACAUGACGAGGAAAAAUUCAAUGUCUGGUUUACUGGGUGGUUGGUGGUUUGGUUCGUCAUCAUCAGCAAACGAAGGUGGUUUCCUACGGGUUGCCAGUGCCUUCCCAAGUCGUCGACUAUCAGACAAUACUCUUAUGACACCCAAGAUACGGAUUGCGCCGUCAUGCUCAAGCUCACCUGGAGGCACUCCUGGUGGCGGGUUACCUAUUAGACGUCAUUCCAGUACGGGACCACAAGAACGUCGUGGCUCCAAUGUCAACCUAUCACCUCCAACGGGCGGAAUGCCGGCAACAAGUAACAGUGUACCGUACCUUCUGAGCUCGAGUAUGACAAGCAUUCGUAAUUCCCGUCGACCGUCAGUGUCAUCAACAACAUCCCAACAAGGCUCGGGUCUGCUGCAGCAAUUUGGCACCGGCAUGGUAAGACAACUACCCCCCAUCUGCCUGAACCUGAAUGGGCUACCAACACCACCAUCACCACAACUACCACAUCUACCAAUACCACCACUCUCUCCAUCAAUCCAGCCAUUGGGACAGCCUUCCCACUGACCCUUGGUUAAGAUUGCCAAUUGUUCUCUGGUCGGUCUUAAACAAGUGGCUCUGUGGAUUUUGCGGUGUUGGUUGGUUAUCAAGCGUGCAUACUCAUCAAUAUGUCAGUACACACCAACAUGCUAUUAUAAUCAUCACAGUAGUAAUAGAUAUUAUUACAAUAAUAAUAAUAACAUCAACAACAUUAUUAAUCAUCUUAAUAUCAAGAAUAAAUACGCGACACACUGGCAUUUCCGCAUUGAUACGUUGCAGAAUCAACGGGGUAAUUGGGAUCAUUAUUAUCCGGCGGAUGAUGACAUUACGCCAUCAACGAACCAAGUAGCUAUUGUCGUGACUAUUGAUGGAUCUUCCGGAUCAUCAUCCACUGAACAAAUACGCCCGCAAUAAUAAU